GCCAUUGUGCAACCGGGACCGGUUCGAACACCGCAAAAUACAGCCAAGCAUCUGUGUAACGGAUAUUACACGUUUGUACGUUUGCGAAGCGUUAAAAGUCUCGUGCACUUCAACCACACCGGUCGGUAUUCGUCUUUUUCCUUGUGUUUAUUGUGCGAUUGUCUAUUACAAGCUUACUUCCCUCUACAACUAUGGCCAACAUUGGUCCGGGUGUACACCGUAGAUACAAGGAGAAAAAGCUAUUAACAAACCAUCCAGCUGCUACCGAUGGCCACGAGGCUGAAGAGCAUGUGAGUGUGGAUGAAGAGAAACAAUCGGAAGAAAAUAUGACCAGCACUACUGUUGGUAGUACAAGUAGCACUAGUAGUGGUAGUACUACUACUGCAGAGAAUGCUACUACCGUUUCCGGUACACCAAUCGAACGACGUGACCCGAUCGAGCUGGAAACUGAGGACAAGCUGGAGUACCGCUUCGUGCCAGCCGGUAACGGAGUGGUCAACUUCAAGGUUCGUGCACCGAACGAUGCACACAUCGCACUCACCACCAACCCGCAGGAGUCUGACCCGAUGCUGGAGGUGUUUAUCGGUGGUUGGAAGAACACGAAAUCGGUUAUUCGAAAGAACCGCACCAAGCCGGACGUUGCCGAGGUGGAAACGCCUGACAUUCUUAAUGCUGGAGAGUUCCGUGGUUUCUGGAUCCGUUGGCACGAUAAUGUCGUGACGGUCGGAAAUGAAGGAUCAGCGGCCGCCUUUCUUUCGUUUGAAAACCCCGAACCGUUCCCGAUCAAUUGUGUCGGCUUUUGUACCGGUUGGGGUGCCACCGGUUCGUGGCUGAUUGAGCCAGCCUCGGAACAAACAAGCCCAUCCGCACCGACUGCCGCUGCGUUGCGUGGUGGUGGUGGUGGUGGAGCUGCCUGUUGGGUAGCGGCUGCCAACGGGGAAAUCCCCCCGAAUGCCGUCGUUGGCGGUUCGGAUGGUGAGGAUAUGUAUAUUGCACGUGCACAGCACGAGGGUGGCAUUAUCCCGGGCAAGUUGGUAGCAUCGCACGGUGUAUGCUACAUUGCGUGGGGUGGUGUCGAAAAUCCCAAAGCGGAGUACGAAGUAUUGUGCGAUUUCAAUGGUGAUUUUGUGCCGGUAAGCGGUAGCGACAUUCCACCGACCGCACUUCCCGCGGGAGAGUCCGAAGAUGGGGAACCACUGUUUAUUGGACGUGUUACGCACGAGGGCACGAUAACGGUGGGCAAGGUACAACCGUCGCAUGGUGUUUGCUACAUUCCGUACGGUGGCCAGGAGCUCGCUUUUGCCGAGUACGAAAUCUACGUCAAUCCUUAGGACGCUAACUAGGAGGAGAUUAACACUUGGUCCUGCGACCGCAGUAAUGGCCGGGAAGUUGAUUUAGGAUUAUGCCAAGCACACAUACUCACAAACGCACACGCACAUACACGCGCACACACACAAACGUAAAACGCAUAAAAAAGCGCACAGUCAAACAGUUGAGCUUACUUUUAAAAAGCAUGCUUGCAAAUGUUAAACUAUGUAGCUAUAGAUAUUUAUAUUACCACAACGAUAACAGUAUGAUGAAAGUUAUUAAGAAGCAACAAGCAAAAGUUCGAUAAAAUAAACUAUCUAAAGUAACAAAUAAAA